UCCCAUCAGGAAACGAAUUCCAAAACCUAAAACAGUCAAACCCAAACCCAAACCCAAACCCAACAUGAUAUUCUCUCGCUCUCUCGCGUCUCGGCAGAGAUAUUUUUUCGAUUCGAUUAAAUCCCCAAACCCUAGCAUUUGAUUUUCAUGGCGUAAAAUUCAAGUAUAAGUCUCUCGCUCUCUCUAACAAAAUAUUUCUCUCAUUUGCCAUCUCAGGCAAAGAAUCACUCUUCAAACCCUAGAAAAUGUCGGGCGGAUUUUUCCGGGGUACAUCGGCUGAUCAAGACACUCGAUUCUCCAAUAAGCAGGCGAAGCUACUGAAAUCGCAGAAAUUUGCUCCCGAAUUGGAGCAUCUGGUUGAUAUGACAAAGGUUAAGAUGGAUGUUGUUAGACCUUGGAUUGCUACUCGGGUAACUGAGCUUCUCGGUUUCGAAGAUGAGGUUCUUAUUAACUUCAUCUACGGUCUUCUUGAUGGGAAGGAAGUUAAUGGCAAACAAGUUCAGAUAUCUCUCACUGGAUUCAUGGAGAAGAAUACUGGAAAGUUUAUGAAAGAGCUUUGGAAUCUUCUGCUUAGUGCGCAGAGAAAUGCAAGUGGUGUUCCCCAACAGUUCUUGGAUGCCAAAGAAGAAGAAACUAUGAAGAAAAAGGCGGAGUCAGAUCGGAUAGCAAAUGAGAUUCAGAAGAAGAAAAAUGAGGAAAGUAGAGAACUUGAACAAGAGAGAUUGAGGAAGAUGGACGACGGGGAUGAAAGAAAGGCUGGUGAUGCGCAGUUGGAGCCAUCCUCAAAGAAUAUGCCGUCAAAGGGUUCAAGUGGACGUCUUGAGGAUGAGAGAGAUGCUGACCAAAGGAAUGGUUUCGCAAGGAAGAGAGUUUCUAGAUCUCCACAUUCAGCUGACCGUUCUCCAUCCCCUCAAGGAUUGCUUUCUCAAUCAGUCAGCAGAUCAUUUUCUAAUUCAGGAAGCUAUUCAGAUGACAAACGGAAGUCUAGGAGUUUAUCUAGAUCACCUCAGCCUCGGCGGCGCUCCAGUUCUCCAAGAAGGCAAUCUCUAAUUCCUUGGUCUAGAAAUUCACCUCGGUCAUCACGCUCUCCUGCAAGACGAAGACCUUAUUCCAGGCGAAGAUCUCGAUCUCGUUCUCUGCGUAGAUCACCGUCACCUAUAAGACGUAGAUUACAUUCUCCUUAUCGGCGCAGGUCACCUAUACCCUUGCAUCGCAGAUCAAGGUCACCGAUUCACCGUCAUAGAUCACCCUCUCCUAUCCGACGUCAUAGAUCACCAUUAUCAAUUAGACAUCGUAGAUCACCAUCUCCUGUUCGACAUCAUAGAUCUCCUUCACCUAGGUAUCAUAGAUCUCCUUCGCGUAGGUACCGUAGAUCUCCUUCACCUAUACAUCGUAGAUCUUUGUUGCCUGUGCGCCGUAGAUCUCCAUCAUCCUUGCGACGUAGAUCACCGCCUCCUAUGCAACGUAGAUCACCCUCUCCUGUGCGACAGCGGCGUCGGAGAUCUUCAUCAACACCACGGUAUAGGUCAUCGUCUCUUGUGCGACAUAGAUCACCGGUUUCCAACCGUAGAUCAAUGUCUCCUUCCGAUGGUAAGUCUCCUUCACCUUAUCAAUCGAGUUCUCUGUCUCCUGUGCAACGUAGAUCUUCACCAGUUAGGAGGUCUCCAAAGGAUCGAAGAUCACCUUUGCUUUCUCCAGGGGAAAGACAACGAAUGCGUGGAAAGUUGUCUCCUGUGGGACGUAGGCGCUCUAGUUUGAGGGUCCCUCAUAAAGAUCUUAUGGAUCCGAGGGAUGCAGGUGUUAAAGUGCCUGCUUUAUCACCGUCCCCAAAUAAGUCUCCUGUCUCUGAAUCUCCAUCACAUGUGAGGAAUCGAUCUGCCAGUGAAGAUAGAAGGUUGUCAAGUCCGCAUGAGAGUCCUAUGAGGCAAAGGAGGGAGCAAAUUGCUCAUGGUGAUAGUUUGAGUCCUGAUUGGGAACCAAGAGAAUUAAAAAGCCAGCAAGACAAUCAAGGGACUGGGAGAAAAACUGAAGCCAGCAGAAGCAGGCAUUCACUGCCAGUCAGUAAACAGAGGGUUUCUCCUAGGAAGGUUCAUACUCCUGAAAGAUUGACAGGCAGUCAGUCUACAGAAUCUCUGAGUCGGUUUGAUGACAUGGAAUCAAGAAAGAAAGACCCCGGAAUGAAGAGUGAGAGGUCUUCUGGGAAAGGGGUUCGUUUGGGAACUCCUAAUCUACAGAGAUCACCAGCAUUGUCUGAGGACUCAUUUCAAGGUGAGAAGCAGAGUGUGUCACACCUGAGAGAAGGAAAAAGAUCUGAUGAGAAGACCCGUUCCCAUCAAAAUAUUAUGGACAGUAAUCACCACCACCAAGUGGAAACUUCACCGAUGUUGCAUGAAAAGGUUGAUCAUAAUAAUCAUAAAAUGGAUUCAGGUUCUGAAGGAAGUGAUAAGCGCGGAACAAAGCAUAAGGAAAAGAGAAAGCAUAAAAGGUCUGAGAGGCAUGAAGUUGCUUCAGAUGAUGGUUCUAGUUAUGAUUCAGAAAUAGAGGACAGGAAAGAGGCUAAGAGGAGGAGGAGGAAGGAAGAGAAGAGAUUACGAAAGGAGGAGAAGCGUAGACGACGUGAGGAGCGGCGUCGCAGAAGAGAAGAACGGCAUGCGGAGAAGCUUAAAAUGAAAGGUCAAGAUGAUGACUCUAAUUCAGAUAGUGAGCAUGCAAGAAUGAGGAAGUGUCAUCCAAGUGAUGAUGAAGAGGCAGAGACUGAGCAGAAGAAGCUUGAAAUUGAGUUAAGGAAGAAGGCACUUGAAUCACUCAAAGCAAAGAAGGGCAUUAGUUGCUGAAUCUUUUGUGUUUUAAAUAUUAAUAUGUUAUUUUAUCUUUGUUUUUGUUGAGCAGAUAUGCUUAAUGUUAAGAGUUUUUAUAUUUCAAAUUGGAUUGUCUUUAUAUUGGUUACUGCUUAAUAUUGUUUGUGUUUACUGCUGGCAGCAGGAAUGGAUAAAUGAGGAUUUCCUGAGCUUUUUC